UGCGACGGCUUCCGCCCGUGCAUCGGAAAGCGAGGCGCAGGCCGCCGGCGCGACCACGGCUUCCGCAAGUGCACCUCCCGAAAACGUGCCGCAGGCCACCGGCGCGACGACGCAAGUGCGCACUAGUAAUGAUUCGGGGCGGUUGUUCAAUACUAGUUUCUCUCCGACCACCCUCAUUCAUCUCGCCAUCGAAAUGGAAGCAGACGGUACUAACGAAGUCGGGGUUUAGCAGAGUGGUCCAACUGAUUCGAACACAGCAAUAUUACUAAUUGAUGCAUUUCGUUUUGAUCAGCGGAGUAGUUAUUUUGUCAUCCUUAUUUCCGCAAAUUUGAAGGUCAAACGAGUACGCAGCCCUCGGGGAGCUCCUCCUCAACCGACCGCAAUCCCAACUAUGUUUACGGCGACGCCUUGCCCGACUCCACCCCUAUUUUUAUGGGGUACGGUACUCUGCCGGACUAUUCAUCUAGUCGUGCACCUGCAUCGAGAAGUAACACCUUGCCCGAGAUCAGGUCGUGGCCUCGUCCACCUGCCAACAACCGGAUGCCGUUUCAGGGUCGCGCAUACACAUUGAACUCCAGCGACCAGUGAUGUGAGAAGCCUCGGGUAGUUUUGGAAUUUGAGAAGACGGCUGUCUUGACUGAGUUUUUAAUAUAUAAAGCACUGGCGACACCUGACCUUGAACGCUGAACAUCGUUUGGGUGCGAGAACUGACGCUGAGCACAACAAUGAACAGUAAAGAAAGCUCUGACUUGAUGACGUCAACCUACCUAUUUAAGAACAAAACUUGACCAAGGUAGUAAGAAGAUGACACAAGCGCCACCGCCAGCCUAGAGAUGCUGUGACUACUCAUGUACGAAUUUGAUUAUACUUAGAUUGAUGAAAUAAAAUAAAUGUUGCUUGCGUCAUCGGUCGUUCAGAACUGUAUUCGCCAUUUUAUUUUCAGAAUUUUGAAUGAAUGUUUCGUCUCACCCUGCGGCAGGCGGGUGCGUUGUUUUGCUGCAGAACAAGGAAGCUGCUUUUGCGCAGAGGUGGAAAAAAUGUAAAUGUGAAUCUGCCUAAGCCUGGGUGCGCGUGCCGUCCAAGUCACGUGCUGCCGUGUUGCGUUAUUUUUACUGUACAAUCAGAACCACGCUAAAUUUCUAUUUCACGACUGCACGUGGACAGUCGUGACAAAGAACUGGUAAAAGAAUGACCGUGGAACCGUACGAUAAAUAAGAGCUUUUAUUUGAAGAGACGAGAAGAUAAACAAAAUUAAGAUGGAGAUAGUGAUUCAGUUUCUGAUUGCUUUUUCCACAAUUCGUGAAAAGGAAUCAACAGCGAAUCAAAAUCAAUCACGAUGGCCACAAG